UUGACGAGAACACGCACGUAGCUGUCAGUAGGAAAUGCAGCCUGCUGGUGUUGGAUGUAACGUUACCUCUGUGGCUGUGCUUGGAUAAAUUAAACAAAGAAAGUCAUUUUUCUUUCAGACUGUGAACUGUUAUUUAGACGGUUGCUUGAAUUUGGCGAGAAUUUCGCAGCAAGUCCGAAUGUCUAACCGAGGUAACCGAAACCUUCAGCUAUAAGCUAGGCUACAGAAACAGAACACUAUCGGCGCUAAUGCUAAUAGUUACACAGGCUAAAAUAAGCUAAUUUAGCUGCUAACUUAGCCAGCUAGCUCGCCAAUUGCAGGACGUUUGCUCUUCCAGGUCCUCACCCCAUAUAGCGGUUCCUACCCCGGUUUCGCUUUUUCGUAUUUACAUUUCACGAAGGAGGUUGCGGAACCGGAGCUGUGGCGGGGGGUGCGUACGGAUAGGAACCCCCUGGCUAUCCAGGCGGACGGAUCACAGUGACACGCCGGUCGUGGGAGAGAUCAGAGUGGAACCAUGGCUGAAAUCUCCACCCUAUCCCCAUCUCCCCCUGCACUGGGUGAGCAUCAUGCAGCUCCAUCCAUCCCUCCAUCCUCAUCAGUGCACACUGCUACCAACAUCCCUGCUCCAGAGUCUGCCAGGGAGAUGCCCACACCUAAGUCUUACCUCUACAAUGACAAAGCUUUGACUGAAAAUACUCCUGCCGCACAGUCACCCUUAACUCCCCACCCACCCUUGAGUCCUCCCAAACUCACUGCUGAGACCCCCUUCACAUUAUUGGUACACGAGGAUGCUCCACAGAGAGAGGAAUCAGGAGGGAAAGAUGCAGAGACUGGAGCUCAUGUUAUUAAGCAGGAAAUGACCAGUGACCCACCAGCUGCAGAGCUCUUAACUACUGAAACAGAGACCACACCCCUGUCAAGUGAGCCAUCGGCUCAAAGCGAAGUGCAACAGGCAUCCCCCUCUCCUGAUCUCAAUCCUGGUCCUAAUCUUUACCCCAAUGUGCAUGUCACCCACAAUCCAAAUCCUGUCAUGGAAGAUGGUCAAUUUACAGCGGGCCAACCCCAAAUUACUGCAGCUUCAAACCCCACGCCUGCUUCUCCAGCAUUCACCAAUACAGCGGCAUCAGCAACAGCUGAAGAGGAGAAACCUCAGCCCCUGCAACAAGCACAAACCCCUCAAAGACAGCCUCCUCCUCUCUCCCCAAAGCCCGACACUCCAAGUGAAGCGUGGAAAGCAGAACUGCCCAGCACCCCUACCAGAGCCGAACACCCCAGCCCUACUGUCCCACUGAUCCACGAGCCAGAACUUCCACUGCCCAGGCCCCGGCCGGCUCCUGACACCCUCAGCUACUUAGAGUCAGCCAGCCUAAUGUCGGGGACUUUGGAGUCUCUAUCUGGGCUGGGAGAGGAUGGCAGCUCUGUGGGCUCCGACUCUGAAAUCAAUGGCAUGGCUGUCAGACGCACUGAUAAAUAUGGCUUCCUAGGUGGGAGUCAGUACAGUGAAAGCGCUGAAAAGGAUGUUCGAGUUGAUGUCGCCCGACAGAGGGAGGUAAAAUGGCUUGAUAUGUUCCACAACUGGGAUAAGUGGAUCAAACAUCGCUUCCAGAAGGUGAAGUUGCGCUGCAGGAAGGGGAUUCCAUCUUCUCUCAGAGCCAAAGCCUGGCAGCUACUGUCCAACAGCCAAGAGCUCCUAGAUGCCAACCCUGGAAAAUUUGAGGAGCUGGAGAGAGAGCAGGGGGAAGCUAAAUGGCUGGACAUUAUAGAGAAGGAUCUCCACAGACAGUUCCCCUUCCACGAGAUGUUUGCUGCUCGUGGUGGCCACGGGCAACAGGAUCUGUACCGGAUCCUGAAGGCUUACACUAUCUACCGGCCUGACGAGGGCUACUGCCAGGCCCAGGCUCCAGUGGCUGCAGUGCUGCUCAUGCAUAUGCCUGCUGAGCAAGCUUUUUGGUGCCUCGUCCAGAUUUGCGAGAAGUACCUUCCCGGCUACUACAGUGCUGGCCUGGAAGCGAUCCAGCUGGAUGGCGAGAUCUUCUUCUCCCUGUUACAGCGUACAUGCCCAAUGGCGUACCGUCACCUUAAGAAGUUCAAGAUUGACCCGAUUCUCUACAUGACUGAGUGGUUCAUGUGCAUCUUCUCACGCACCUUACCAUGGGCCAGUGUACUGCGUGUAUGGGACAUGUUCUUCUGUGAAGGGGUGAAGAUAGUGUUUCGUGUGGGCCUGGUGCUACUGAAACAGAUGCUUGGCUCUGUGGAUAAACUUCGGGAACUACAGGGCAUGUAUGAAACCAUGGAGCGUUUAAGGAACAUCUCACCUGACACUAUCAGAGAGGACAUAUUGGUACAGGAGAUUAUCAUUCUCCCAGUGACGGAAGGGCUCAUAGAGAGGGAGUGCCGUAUUCAGGUGAGGAAGUGGAAGGAGUCCAGAGGGGAGCUGACACACCAGCCAGGCCGCCGCCUCCACGGUACGAGGGCCAUCUUCGAGUACAAACGCCGAGCCGCCUCCAUUAGCUCCGGCGGCAGCUUCUCUUUCCUGGGAAGUCAGAUCCCUCCACCAGGACCUCUCAGGGCCUCUUCCAGCCUCCUCUCACUCCCUGGCUUCCGCAGGUCAAAGGCUCCUUUCCACUCCCAAACCAAGAAGGGCUCCUUCUCAGGUCCAUCAGGAAUGGAGGGCCUGAUGCAUCAGUCCCAACCUGCAGUAACAUCAAGCCCAGAACGAGGCCUCAGCCAUAAACCACCUAUUCCUCCAGGGGCAGGUCAGAGGGAACAGGCACCCCACAUUCCGAGCACCUUAGUCGGGGGUGCAGCUGGCUCAUCACGUGGGCCUGCUCAGGCCACAGAAGACAACUCAGCACAGGGCCAGCCUACUGCUGUGGCCCCAACACAAAGCACAGCACCACCGCCUAGCACUCUAUCCCCCUCCCCUAAGAUUGUCUCUGAGCAAAUUACUUCUACUAUCCCCUCUCCUACUGCAAACAACGCCCCUCUGCUGCUAAUUCCAGAUUCAAAAAAAGAAGCUGUGCCAGCGGCUGAUGCCACAACUGGCGAGGAAGAUGUAAAGAAGAAGAAGAAGAACAAAGAAGGCAAGAAGAAGGAAAAGGAAGAGGAGAAGAAAAAAAUGAAGGAAAAGAAAGAAAAGGAAAAGGCUGAAAAAGAGAGGCUCAGAAAGGAGAAAGAGAGGCUAGAAAAAGAAAAGAAGAAAGGGGGGAAGAAAAAGGACAAAGGGGGAGGAGAAGCUGAGGACAAAAAUGGAGAUGCAGCAGCAAGAGAUUCGGCCUAGUUUUCCACCCCGUCAUUCCAGGAUAAUGAAAAGGGACGCUGAACAAAAAAGAGGUCAGGGGAACAAAAGAUCCCCAGAAACAGAUAGUAUUAAUCAAAAAAAAAUAAAAAUGGGAUGUCUUCCUGUAAAACGCAUCAUUUCAAAGACUUAAUGUAGUCCCAGGACUAUGGUGGAGAAAACUGGAUCAUGAUUUUAAUAGCACCUGGGGGGGGGGGUUAAUGCUUUCACUUUCACAGAGUUUUAGUAAAAUGGGAAAAAAUCCUUUUUCAACUGGAUAAAUGACUGGAUUACAAAUUACAGUCGUUAUCUCUUUUAGUUAUUUUUUCUUUUCUUGUUGUCAUUUUUUUUUUUUUUUAAACAGAUGGAUGGCAGUGGUUAGAGAAACAUAGACUUCAUUGACAUUGAAGGGAUUGUUGAACUGAAAGUUUGCAGAAAUAGUUAUGGUGCCAUAGAUGAUGUAAAUAAAGUCUACCUACAGUACAUAGGAUCCAGUUCUACUCAACAUGCCCCAUCAUUUCUCAUCUGUGGACAGGUUAUCUGGAUGCCUCUGACAAAAAAGAAAACUUCAAAGUCGUCUCAAACACAGGCAGAAGACAGAAAUGCUAGUAAUGUUGUUGAGGAUGUAUUUAUUGUCGUGUUUAAUGUUGUGAGUGUGUGCCUUAGUAGUGUAGUGAAAUGUGUUAGUGUCCUAUGUGUGGCCUCCCUGUUUUCAGUCUCCCUCUGGCUGCAAACCAUUGAAUCCGAAGUGGUUCUCCCCAAAUUCUUCUGUCAUUGGAAUAAAUCUGAAGGGGAUAUGGAGGGAUGUACACCGAAAAAAAGAGGGAGAAAAUUAAGAAUACAACCAGACACCAUAAAGUUGUGGCUGUUUUUUAGUGAUUCAUUUAUGUGUUUUUUUGUCUCUGACAAAACGACACACAGGGAGCAUUUUAUUGUUUUAAUUCAAUUACAUUUCUUGUGUUUGAGGUUGAUUUUUGCAAAAAGCAGGCACAACAUUAUCGAUAAACUGGUGGCAUAAAAACAUACAAUACCCAGCGGUGCCCGUGCAUAAGUCCUGCAGACCAAAUGUCCAUCUGUAAAAUUAGUAUUAUUUUGAUUUUUGACAAAAUCCUACGCAUGUUUUAUUUCGCCAAAUUUCAGCAUGGGUAAGAACUUAGGUUCAUUAACCCAUUAGAAUGUGAUUUGAAGUAUCUUAAGAGAAUGAAGGAUGAUUUUUGCACUUGUGAUUUUGUCAAAAAGUACCACUGAAUUCAAUCACUCCGUUAGUUUAGUGACGUAGAAAACGGGAGUCUCAACGGGCCGGUUUCGUACUUUGAAAUCUGCUUCGAGGACCUAUAGGAAGCCACUUGACUGGAGGUGCCAGGUGUGCCAAUGUAGCAUUAACCUCUGAUCUUUGACGUUUGGGCUCUGAUGUAUUUAUGUACAAAGUGGUUAAUUUAAUCAAAUAUAGUAUAUUAUGAAUUAUUAUUAUUAUUAUUAUUAUUAUUUUGGAUCUGACUAUUUUUCUAUGUGAGUAAGAGACACCUGGUUGACUGGAACGAUGGCUGACUACACAGUGUAGUUGCAGGGGGGAUAAUUUGUGUUUAUUUUAAUUUAAUUUUUUUCUGUGCACGCUAAGUCCUCUGAUUUUCACAACAAACUCGAUGCAUGUCUUUGCUAUUAUUUAAGUUUACUGUCACUGUUGUCAACUAUAGGUUCAUGGGUCUCCAGUUUACUGAAGUGCAGUAUUAAAUAGACUUGAGUGGAAAAAAGGGGCCUCUGACAGAAUAAACAGUAAGACGAGUGAUUCAGACAGAAUUUCUGGGAGUUGAAGGUCUUAAUCGUACUGUAAUAUAUACUAAGAGGUGAUUUAGGAGCUUUGAAUAGUUCUUUAAUUUAAGAUCUUGAGUAUGUCUGUCUCACUAAAUUGUGUUGUAACAUUCAUGAUGACUUAUGGACUAACUCCCUAACCUAUUUACACUCAGUGUCUGUACUGUAACAUAUUUAUGCAUACAUUAAACUGCACUGAACCCCAUCAGUAUACGAUGAAUAGUGCCAGGUAGUUAGUAUAAAACCAUUUGAUAGCAAAAAACAUUGCUCUCUAACUGUACUGUUUUUGUAGUUAAGGAUUAGAGGGACUUUUGUGUAAUUGUAGCCAACAUGUCCUGCAUAUUUGUUGUUUUUCACUUAUUUCAGGUCUUCACAUGGCUGUCAUUUAAAUACAUAAAUAUCACACUCCCUCCCUCCUCUAUUUUGACGCCAGUGCAUUCAUAGGCACAGAUUAGUGUAGUGUUAGUGAGGAUAACCUGAACACAUCUAUGCAAACCAUCCUCCAUCAUGACUGUUGAUGGCGUGUGGCGACAGAAGCACUGAUUUCACCUCUCAUCGUGAUGUUUAGAUUGGUGCCAUGGGAAAUAAGAAUUUUGUGCUUCAGUAGGUCUUUUUCUGAGCACACUUUCAUGCCUGUGGGGUACAAUAUUUUAUGAGCAAUAUGUCCUCGCAGCUCGUUAUUUCUUGUAUUUCAGAGGGCUCGAGAUGCCGUGAUCAAAUUAAUAAUCUCUCUAACUUGUGGAGUCGGCACUGCAAUCAAGACAGUCUUCUUAACAAAUCAAGAAAUCCAUUUCUAUCAGGUCCUUUGUGCAUUUCUGCAUUGAUCCUGAAAUUGUCAUUCUUGAUUACAGUUGAUUGGGAAUGAAUACCCACUAAUGCAAAUAUUUAAAGAAGUGUUUCAGCUGUUUUUUCUCCCCUUGCCGUUAUGUCUUUUGUGUUUUUAAGUUUACAUUGUCACUCUGGCGAAAGUGAAAUAAAAUCAUAGCUAAUUGAAUUCAUUCCUUCAGAUCUACAACUGAUGUAUUUAAUUGAUGAUAAUGACAUUUGUGAUGAGUAAUAAACCAUAAUAUAUUACA